AGUACCUCUACUUUAUCAGUGACAAAGGUCAAUGCCCUUUGUUGAAGCUUUCCAUCCAUGGAGUCCAAACCAGAAAAACUUCACUUUUUUCUGCUCAUUUUGUUAUUCACCAGUCUCUAUUCCUCAUCAGCAGCAGCAGUAACUCUGCAAUCUUCUUUUCCCAAAGAAGCCUUGCCAACAAAAUCUGGGUACUUAACAGUUAACUCAACAACUGGUUCAGCCAUUUUUUACACUUACUAUGAAGCCCAGAAACCAAGAAUGAAUCUUUCUGAAACCCCAAUUAUCAUUUGGCUUCAAGGUGGUCCUGGAUGCUCUUCCAUGCUUGGAAACUUUUAUGAACUUGGCCCUUUUCGUGUUUCGUCUUCUGUGAGGCAAAACGUCGAACACCUUUCGCUCGAACCUAAUCCUGGUUCUUGGAAUCGUGUAUUUGGGGUACUUUUUCUUGAUAAUCCUAUUGGAACUGGAUUUAGUAUUGCUUCAAGUCCAGAAGAGAUACCAAGAAACCAACAUGAUGUUGCUAAACAUCUUUUUAUUGCUACAAGGAAGUUUGUUGCAUUAGAUAAGUUAUUUGAAAAUCGACCAAUUUAUCUUACUGGUGAAAGUUAUGCUGGAAAAUAUGUGCCUGGAUUGGGAUACUAUACACUGAAAAAGAAUGAGGGUUUGCCUAAAUCGCGACGGUUGAAUUUAGCUGGGGUUGCUAUUGGGAAUGGACUGACAGAUCCGGAAGCUCAAGUGGGCACUCAUGCUGUAAAUGCUUACUAUUCUGGAUUGAUCAAUGAGAAGCAAAAGACACAAUUGGAGAAACUUCAAAAGGAAGCAAUUAGACUUACGAAAAAUGGCAAUUGGAGCGAGGCAGCGAGUGCUAGAUCAAGGGUGGUGAAUACGUUGAGUAAUAUGACAGGGCUUGCAACUUUAUAUGAUUUUAGAAAGCUAAAACCUUAUGAAGAUGAAUUGGUGGCUAAAUUUCUAAGCAAUGUAGAGAUUAAGAGGGCUUUAAAUGCAAGAGAAUCGAUAGUUUACGAUAUAUGCAGUGAUUUAGUAGGCAAAGUGUUGCACGAGGACGUGAUGAAAAGUGUGAGGUACAUGGUGGAGUUCUUGGUUAAGAAUACUAAGGUGUUGUUAUACCAGGGGCAGUGUGAUUUGAGAGAUGGAGUGGUGUCAACUGAGGCAUGGAUGAAGAAGAUGAAGUGGGAGGGAAUUGGAAAGUUUUUGGAGGCGGAGCGGUAUGUUUGGAGAGUGAAUGACGAGCUCGCUGGAUAUAUGCAGAAGUGGGAGAAUUUGACCCAUGUUGUGGUAAUGAACGCAGGGCAUCUUGUGCCUACCGACCAGGCAGUGAAUUCUCAGGCGAUGAUCGAAGGUUGGGUAUUGGAAAAGGGAUUGUUCGCCACAAGGCUCAAGCAAAAGCCAAACCAUAUGGGUAAAUCACUUUGAGUUCUUUGUGGCAUGUGCUACUAUUGUGUUAGUUGUACUAUGACUUCCUAAAAAAUUGAGUUUUAUGUU